AUGCGGCACUUGCUGACUGCCGCGCUUGGCGCCAUCCACAUUGCGUACGCCGACGGGUCGGUGCCGUCGGCCCCGCUGAACGUGGCGCUGGACGUGCUGGGUCCCGACGCACUCGCUGUCGCCUGGGAACCGCCCGCGACGGAUGGUGGAUCGCCCGUGUCGGCGUAUCUGGUGGAAUGGGACCCGGAUCCGGGCAUGCGCGAGGUGCAAGUGGUACAAACAAGUGCCAACACCGGCGCGAACGAGGUGCAAACUGUGCAGACAUACGCGAAGCACGUGAAGGAGAUUCAGCGCGUGACCACAAGCGCCACCGCUGUGGCGGAAGUACAAACGAUCACGACAAGUGCAGCGCCCGGAGAGACGCUUGGUGGGGUCUUCACCAUCCAGAUGGACUCGACCAAGAGCGGAGGAAGCGUACAGAGAUCAGGAGUCAUUGGAUUCAAUGCCCCCGCUUCUGGAGAUCGAUCAGGUGUGCUGGAGAUUUUGAAUGCCAUGUCGAAUAUAGGACCUACAGGUGUACAGAGUGUCCAGAAGUCGAUGGCAGACGCACAGGGAGGCAUCACGUGGACCAUCAUGUUCAGUACGGCGAUGGGUGACGUGCCGCAGCUCACGCUUUCGAGCAAUUUUCUGACGGGGAGUGGCGCGAACGUGGUGAUAAACACACCGAAACAGGGCAAUGUGAUCGAUGGAGGGACGUUCACGUUGAGAUUUAUGGGGAGUACGACGAAGGAUCUGGCGUCAGAUAUUAGCGACGCAGGGAUGCAGAAGGCGCUAGAGGAUCUCGCCUCGAUCGAGUCCGUGGAUGUCACGCGAGGCGGCCCGGACGCACAGCACGGAUACUACUGGGACAUCACGUCCACGGGGGAAUUCAAUUCGGGCGACCUGCCGCUGAUGACGGUGCCGUCAAAAUCACUGAAAGCCACAGGAGCGAAUGCCGUGGUGACUGAGCGGACGGCAGGGAACCAGCUGAAAGGAUCCUUUCAGUUGAGCUAUAAGCUAGCCCCCACAGGCGAUUUACCGUUUGACUGCAGCGCUGCCACGAUGAAAAGUGAGCUGGAAAAACUGGGCACGGUAGGGACUUUGGAUGUGGUGCGCACAGAGAAGCCGGAUCUGCAGGGAGGAUAUACGUGGACCAUUUCGUUCCUUACUCUGAAAGGAUCUUUAGAUCAGCUGGGCACUGAUAUCCUGAAAUUAGGUGAGACGCGGACGGACGGUGCCGGGCCGUCUAUGGGGGUUCGCGUCGUGAGGACACGGCCAGGAACCGUUCAGGAGGUGCAGCAGAUCCAGGUGACUACAACGAACUCCAACGUGAAGAAAACGGCAUCGUUCCAGCUACAGACGACCUUCGCAGGGCAGACUCUAGCGACAAACCCCAUUUUUGCAAAUCCGAUGGACAACGGCGCGUGUAUGCCAACUCAGGCCGAGGUGCAAAAGAUUGCAGUGACUACAGUGGAUACGACGGCCACGGGUGGAGAUGCCAUUGUGUCGAAACAGGCUGCCAUUCAGCUGGUGUACACUAGCAAUACGGAGGGUGACGCGGUCUCGAAGACUGGGCCAAUUUAUCUAGACAAAGCAGGCGACGGAGACUGUGCGAAAGGUGCAACAACGAUAGCAGCUGAGUUGAAUAACCUUCCUGGAAUUAUUGGUCCUGUGACUGUGAGCUCUAGUGCUCUCCUGGCUACGCAUGAGUGUACGUGGCAAGUGACGUUUACCAACCAGCCGGGUAACGUCGUUCAGCUAAAAGCAAUCCCAGCUUCGAGUGAAGCUACUGCAUCAGAUACGGUCAAUAUAGUAGACGACACCAUUACGCUUACUACGGUCACGGAUGGAACCACCAACAUGAUCAAAACGGAGCUAGAGCGACUGGCUAAUGUCGCCCAAGUCACAGUGACAGCCACGACUGGACUGAAGCAGACGUGCACGUGGAGCGUGACGUUCGACGGCAACGCAGGAAACUUGCCUUUAAUGACUGUCUCCACAAACAACGGUGUUUCAUACGGUGCUACAGGAACAGUGAGCGGAGACACCAUCACGAUAGUUGCAGGAACGGACGGUACGUCGACUGUGCUUGGUGGCGUCUUCGCGCUCGAGUUCGAGGGCCAACGUACGGGCUACAUGCCGUUCGACGCCAGUGAAGCAGUGAUGCAAACCCAGCUGGAGACCCUUUCAACGAUCGGUAGUGUGGCUGUCACGAGGUCAGGCGCAGACCCGAACAAUGGCUACGCGUGGAUGGUCUCUUUUCUCAAUAAUCUUGGGAAUCUUCAGCCUCUUCAACCGGACGCACUUGCCCUCACGGGAACGUCACCAAAAAUCGACGUGACGGAAGUUACGAAGGGCGCUCUACCGCCUUUUAACAGUAAAGACCCGUCCAGUGGCCUCAGUUUCGAUAGUGUCGUGAUCACAGACCUUAGCGACUUGUCCGUGACAGCCUACCACGUUGACGAGAAUGUCCCGUUCUACUUCCGCGUGUCAGCUAUCAACGCCGCCGGAAGGGGCCCGCCUUCGUAUUCUACGCCGCAGUAUGCCAUCCCUACGGCGCAAGUUCCAAGUGUCCCGACAAACGUCUCGCUGUCUGCAGUUGACGGCACCACAGUGGCGGUGUAUAUGAGCUCACCAGAGAACGACGGAGGCGCGUCGCUUGACUCGUACCGUGUCGAGUAUAGCACGAGUCCGAUCGUGGACGAAGUGCAGCAGAUUCGCCUGGUUGUUCCAGUGACCAACGAGGUGCAAACGAUCAGAAUUACGACGGAUACAGUGGGGGAAGUUCAGCUCAUUCGGUUGACUAGCUCGUACUCUGGCUCGCCUGCUAGCGAGAUUCAACAGGUGAACUGCGACGCUGACAGCAGCACAGGAACGUUCACUCUCACCUUCGGAGGCGAGACAACGGCGCCGAUACCGGCGAGCCAAACCGAUGUUCUGAAAAUCAAAGCUGUACUGGAGGAACUGAACGCGAUCACGACUGUGACUGUGGCAUUUUACGGGGGCCAGACGACAGCGUGUCGCCCGUGCCCUACCUCAGGCUGUACUUCUGGGUUUAAGGUCACGUUCACCUCCGUCGUCGGCUAUCAGGGUGACAUGCCUCUCCUCACGGGCAACACGUUCGACUUGGAAGGAAAUCGGCGUCUCGAUGUCACCGAGUCAACUAAAGGCCAAGCUCCUGUGAGCGGCACAUUUAAGCUCACGUAUCUGAGAGGCAAGGAUGCUGACACUGUAGCUCUCCAGUAUAACGCACCGGCCGCUACUGUCCAAGCAGCACUAGUAGCGCUGGAUUCGUCCAUGACGAUCGUGGUGACGGAUGGGACUUUACCGCCGGCGAAUGCCGCCAAAGGUGAGCGCUUGUGGCGCGUGACGUUCCAGAACAGCGGAUAUGUGCCGGACAUGCUGGUUCGGCCGGCAAACAACCUUCUGCAGGGUAACGGCGCUGGCAUCCUCGUGUAUACUCGAAGCGCAACACCAGACCCAACCGUCCCAGUGUCUGUAGGCGGCAAUCGAGUGUCGGGGUACUUUAAAGUACAGCUGGGUGGCCACACGACGGAGCGAAUCAGUCACGACGCGUCCGACACGACCGUCAAGAGCAAACUAGAAGCACUUCCGAACGUGGGCACUGUGUCCGUGACCCGCUCAACGCCGUCACUGAAGAACGAGUAUUCAUGGACUGUCACGUUCACUGCAAACCCAGGCAGUUUCCCCAUUGGAGCGGGUAAUAUCGACACGCUGGUGGCCGAUUCGACAUUACUAAGAGGAACAAACAGCCAAGCAGCCGUGACUGUGGUUCAGCAAGGAUCUCUGCCACUUGAUGGUACAUUUAAACUCUCGAACACUGUGGGUGGAGUCACUCAGACCACUGCCAAACUAUCGCCGUACGAUACUGGAGAAGGGAUACAACGAGCACUGGAAACGUUGCCGUCAAUUGGCGGUGUGAGCGUCUCGCGGCAAACCAAUAACGACGGAUUUUCGUGGUUUGUCACCUUCAGUGGGUGUAGACUCAAUCCGGCCGUGUGCAACAUCGGAGAUGUGAAUCUCCUGGAUAAAGUAGCGACGAGUUUAGUCGGUGGGUUGCUACCGGCAGUCCCGUCAGUGACGGUGACGGAGGUCGUGAAGGGAGUAGCCCCCGCCACGACGCUGCUUGUGACGGAUUUAUCAGGAGGAGACCCGUUCCAGACGGUCAUUUCGAGUCUCACGUACGGUACUAAGUACUACGCGCGCGUGUACUGGCACAAUAGUGUGAGUUUUGGACAUCGAGCUGUGUCUAUACCAGAAUUCGUAACAACAAAGAACCUGCCACCUGGCCCGCCUUGGCCCGUGACGCUUGUGUCCUCGACAGCGACAUCUAUCACGGUAGCCUGGGAGGCACCGACUGUGAAUGGUGGCGCCACAGUGAGCGGCUACGAGCUCUGGAUCUCGGAGUGGGCCGAGUCCUCGUACAGAAAAGUUUACGACCGUCCGAAUGACGCCGUGGCGAUGCAAACGACUCUGCAGACGUCGGCAGAUAACGUGAUUGAAUCAGGUCACAAGUACUCGUUUAAGGUUCGAGCAGUCAACUUCUGCUCGUCGGAGAACACCAAUGCUGCGUGUUACGGAGCCUUCAGUGAGCCGGUGGAGUACACGGUCCGAUCUCCUGUCGUUCCUGACCCUCCUGUUUCGCUGACGCGAGACUCUCGUACCACAAUCAACACGAACGCAGCGAAUGACGGCAUCGUCUUCAUCAACUGGACGCCACCAAAGGACAAUGGCGGAUCGCCCGUGACCAGCUACAAGCUGUUUAUGGACGAUGGAACCGGCUGGGCCCUGCAGACACUGAUAGGCAGUUUUCCUCACGGAUACACACACAAGGUGACAGGGAAAACGGAGGGCAAAGUCCUUCGCUUCUACAUCCUGGCUGUAAAUUCCGUUGGGCCAUCGGGAAAGAGCCCAGUGUUGGCUCUGGUGGUAGCCAACGUGCCGUCCGCUCCAAGUGCGCCUAGUAUCACUGAAGUAUCAGCGACUGCAAUUAAUGUGGCGUGGCAACCUCCGGCCACCUGCACAUCAACACUCACAGGCUGCAAUGGGUCACCGCUACUUGGCUACAGAUUGUGGCAGUUCGCAGGCGUCGCGGCAAGCUACACGGCGUCGGGCUCGCCGGUCAACGUGGAGAUUCAACGUAUUCGGACGACCGUUAGUGCUCCGGUGCCCGAAAUUCAGAGCGUGACCGUUGUAGGCGCGUCCGGCAAGUUCAAACUGUACGUGAACUCCCAGCCCACGCCUUUGCUGUCUGUUAGUGCGACGGAUCUCGAAGUACAGACCGCAGUGGCAACCUGCGGUGUGAAUCCAACGAGUGUGACGCACACAGCGACAGCUACAGGUCGAACAUGGGCGAUCACGUUCGCCCUUGCAGACGGCCCUCAAGCCCUGAUGGUGGUCGUCCCAGAUCAACUCACCAACACGGUGCUCGCAGUCGCGUACACGACGUCUGUAACUCGAGUACAACUAGGAACCGCGGCACUUGGAGGCGACUUCACAGUGUCGUUCCGUGGCUUUGAAACUGGACAUUUGUCGGUGACUACGACGGAUAAAGCGGAGAUGAAGCGACAUUUGGAGAACCUUCCGUCCGUCGGCGUCGUCGAUGUCACAACGACCGCAGGCCCCAACAACGCAAUGACUUGGGACGUGACGUUCGUGACAGAACUCGGGGACUUGCCGCUGAUAAAGGUGACGAGUGGCAGACUAACGGGCGGCAAUCCAAAUGUUCAGGUGACCACAAUACAGGAGGGAACGCCCGGUCGAGUGGUGUAUGACGGCGGCACUGCACCCGAUAUCUUGUCCUUCAAGUCCACCAACUUAGUGUCGGAUACCCUGUACGCCUUUGUUGUCGUGGCUAUUAACGCUGCUGGAGACGGUAUUAGCGGCAUCUCUACGCCUGCUGUUGCAGCGUCACCCGGUGCUGCCAGUAGCUACACAGAAGCGUACGGGCCGGCGCUGCUACAAGGAAUGGCAGGCAUUGUCUACGAGGUUCAGAGCGUGAAAACCAACGGGCUUACUGGUUCGUUUACGCUACAGUGGGGGACUUCCGGUCCUUCCAGCUCGAUCGAUACGACAACGACUGCAAGCGCCCUGGAAGCGAUGCUGCCUACGACCAUCUCGAGUCUUGGCGCAGUGCACGUGUCUCGGGCAGAUCUCAACGGCGCAGAUUGCGUGUGGUACGUCACCUUCGUGUCCGUCGUCGGUGACGCCCCCAUGCUCGUAUCAAGCGACACGACGCAUGUUCAGCUCGACGAGUUCGUCAAGGGUGAGGCGAACGAGUUCACUAUCGCUCCGCGAAAAGCUUCAGGCGACGUGGUGACGUACGCUACGCUGCCUGCCAAUUUUCAAGGCAAAGACCGAUUCUGGACCGAGUUGUGGGCGUCGCCUCCGUCGGUCAUCGACGGCACCCACGAAUUCGUGUCGGAAGGAGGCUUGGCCGUGUACAACCCAGUGGUGUACGAGAUACAGACGCUGCGAUUUAACGGCGUCGUGGGUACUUUUCGUCUGAAACUGGACACGACCAACGCGCGUGUGGGUGGCGUAGUGUCAACGAGCACUGCGCCACUGGAUGCCGCCGUGCUGGCUGCGGCAAGCGACGCCAAGGCCGCUGAUCUGAUCAAGACCAACUUGGAGACGCUUACUAAUAUUGAAAGUGUGCUGGUCUCCCGCGUAUCCACGUCCGGAGCAGCUCCAUGGACGUAUUCCGUCACUUUUGUGACCGAUUUGUGCGAUCAACCGCCUCUGGAGCUGGUUGGAGACAGCAACUUCAUGGCUUCUGCGACUGUACUGACCAUCAAAGAGCUCCAGAAUGGAGUGUGUGAAGUGCAGACGGUCACGACGUCGGCCAGUGUGGAAUCCACAGCCGAGGUGCAGUCCAUAUCGACGUGGCUGGAUGCAACCGGGUCGACCAUCCAGUUGGGCGGGUCUUUCUCACUUACAUUUACCGGAAUGGGCAGUAUUACAGUUCCGUACAAUGCCAAUGCCGCAGCAAUGAAGAACCUGUUAGAGUCUCUCAAUGGGAUCGACGAUGUGUCUGUGACGGUGAAGAGCGCUAACUACGGGACGCCCACAACUACGGGGCUGCAGACGUGGACUGUGACGUUUAACGAGAUCAUGGGCAAAGUUCCAGACAUCAAACUCGACUUGCCCACUGCGUUGACCGGCAGCUCCGCGACAGUUCUCAUCAAAGAAGUGAAGCGGAUGGGCUUGUCGUUGGGAGGCACGUUUGUGCUGAAUUUUAUGGGCGGGACGACACACAACUUGCCGUUCGAUAUCGAGGCUGCAGGCUUGAAGACGGAACUGCAGACGGCACUGAGUACUGUGCGAGAAGUGGACGUCCGGAAAGAGGAGCGCUACAAUGGCAACCGCUGGACCAUUUCCUUUACCAAGAACCUGGGAGAUUUACCGCUACUCGAAGCGUAUCCCUACGCGUACGAGAUCCAGGAGAUCACGACACUGGGAGGUUCUCCGACCCCACUAGAAGGCACCUUCACGCUGUCUUUCUUAACGGAGACUACGGCUCCUAUUGCGUAUGAUGUUAGCGAUGUGGCUAUGAAGCUCUCACUCCAAGCCCUGCCUUCGAUCGGGUUAGUUGACGUCACGCGGACGGACAAACUCGACCCGGGGAACCGGUUCAGCUGGCAGGUGACGUUCCGUUCUAGUCUGGGGAACAUCGGGACUCUUGUCGCUGAUGAUUCUGGGCUCACUGGCAGCUUCUCCGACGUGAGUGUGACUGAGCUUCAGCCCGGUAACAAGCAAUCGUUGAGCGGCCAAUUCCCUCAACUUGCUGUCUUUAAGAAACAGAGCGGGUUGCCGAGCUAUACGGCGAGAUACAUUCCGUACGGGGCAGCCGACAACUAUUCCGUCUCGGUUCAACAGCUUCUCUCUGGUGGGCUGUUCGCGCUGUACUUUGACAAUUUCUGGCUGCAAGACGAGCCUGCGAUCGUCCGUGUAGACCCUCAACUGAACUUUGACUGGGGCCAAGGCGCUAUCUCGAACUACGGACGAGACUACAUUAGUAUCCGAUGGUUUGGUAAACUCUCAGUCCCGACUACUGAUACCUAUGUGCUCUACGUAUCGUCCAGUGAAGGCGUACGUGUGUGGCUGAACCACCAGCUUCGUGUCGAUACGUGGGAAGAUGGCGAAGACGAAGGAGGAACACUGGAAAACUUCAGCGAGUCUUUAACGGCGGGGACGUUCUACGACCUGCGCGUCGAGUACCACGAAGCUACGGGCGUUGCGUCGUUUAAGUUAUCGUGGAGCUCAUCGUUUCUCCCCAUCGCGCCAAUCCCCACCAGUGCUCUGUUUCACGGCGAGCACAUCGCUGGGAGCCCCUACCCGAUCACCGUCACGCCUGGAGCUACCGAUUUUCCGUACACGACAGCGUUUGGGAGCGGUCUCACGAUGGCCACAGCGGGAGUGACAGCGCAGUUUAUAAUCCAAGCUAAGGAUCAGAACGACAACAACAAAACCAUCGAUGGAGAUGCGUUUGACGUCGAGAUCAAGGGAACGAACACGGGCACGGCGAAUGGAGUGCAGCUCGCGCCGUUCGAAGAGCACAAAUACAUCGGACAAGGUCAAUAUCUGGUCCGGUACUUGCCGUCGGUCAGCGGAACGUACACUGUUUCGAUACAGACAGUGAACGGCAUCGAUAUCUACUGCGGUCUGGGCAAACUUCACAAGUGCAGCCCGUUCGCACUGACGGUUCGACCUGGCCCGGCGACGCCGCAUACCAGUCAAGCGCUUGGGAACGCCGCAGCUACAACGUACGGCGUUCUCGACGGUCUCAUUGAAGCCGUGGCAGGCCUGGUCUCGAACUUUACGAUCCAAGCCCGUGACACGUACGCGAACGCUGCGGACGCCGACGACGUGUUCGAGACCAAGAUGGUUCUUCAACUUGAUAGAACGGUACAGUACCGCAGCAACGUCCUGGUUGCCGGACAAACGGGUCUAUUUGCUGUCGAGUACUCGAUUCCUCGUGCCGGGAGGUACGAGAUCCAGACGUAUCUGAACGGGAUCCCAAUUCUCAUGUGUCCGGGAGGCGUGACAUGUUGGGCUUUGAAUACACCCGCAAUCCUCACGGUUGUACACAGCUUCUUACACGGUCCGAGCUGCACUGUAGAUGAUACGGCGACGGGUGCUCUGAGUACAGCGACGAGUGGCGGUCAAACCUCCUUCAAAAUCUACGCGCGCGACACGUUCGGGAACUUACGGAAAGGUGACCGGACGACGCACUCGCUCACUACGGGCGACGGCAGAUCAGAUGCCUUCCUGGUCACGUUUACAGGCAAAGAUGAAGUGUUUCGUACGUCCACUGCAGUGCAAACGCUUACGAGCGCCGACAAAACAAUCGCUGGGUAUUUCAAGCUCUCGUUCGGAAAGUUCCGGAAACAGCUUUGUCCUCUUUGUGUCAACGCCCUGGCCGGCGACGUGCUGUCGGUGAGCUCCAACCUGGUCGGGAUUCUGCUUCUGGGAACCAAGUUUGUAGUGCAAGAGUGUAUUUUCACGGCUGCCAGUCUGGCGUCUACCAGCGUGACUGUAGUCACGAAUCACGGGUGCGCAGCCUUCACUUCGCAGAAUUUCGCUCUGCAGGUCGCAGCUUCCAGCUCAGUAGCUACCGACGCACUGACGCCGUUAAUUCCGCACGACGUAAGUGCUUCAGGUUUGCGCUCCAUUCUGCAGGACCUUCACGGCGAUGCUAAGGUGGAAGUCUCAUUGGAUGUCGGAAGCGGAUACCAGUGGAAAAUCACCUUCCUAUCUCAUCUGCUAGAGUGGAGUGAGGCUCAUCUUGCGGUUGAGUAUACGAACGGGUUCGCGUUCAGCCUGUAUGCGCAUACUCUCGUGGUGGCGUACACGGCAGCAUCAGGAGUUUACCCCGUAUGGUACACGCCUCACUACGCUGGUUCGUACACUGUGGCCGUCACGACUUGGGACCGAGAUACGCACGUGAAAGGCAGCCCGUUCACAGUCCAAGUGGCAGAUGGCGCUACCCACGGCCCCAGCACUUUAACAGCUACGGGAGAUUGGCGGACGGAGAAUUACAGUGUGGCAGCGCAGCAAAUGGUAAUUAAAGCCGGAAAGCCACUGUCUUUUCAGGUGCAGCUCAAAGAUACUCGUCGCCUGGAGCAGCAGGCCAUUCGACUUAGAGCGGUAGUGCUGGCACCAGUGCAAGAAGUGCAACGCGUGCUUGUGGAUGCGACACCGUUUACAUUGAGCUUCCGUGGCUCACCGGCUACCGCUUCAUUGACUACAAGCAGUUCGUUCGGUAGUAUCAGAGCCGCACUGGAAGCGCUCAGUACGAUUUCAAGUGGCGGCGUGACGGUGACGCCUGAAAACCCUGCGGACAUGACCGCCGUGGUGACUCACGCGUUUCUAGUCACGUUCACCAAGGCGACAGGUAGCUUGCCGCUUCUGGUGAGUCCGAAUUCUGGCGCGACCGUGACGCCUUUAGUGAGAGGAGCAGUCUCCGUGCGUCAGGAAAUGCAGAUCUUAACGUGCACGUCAGCCGUGGCCGUGGCGCUGGCCGGGUCCUUCUCCGUGUCGUUUCAAGGACGAACACCCGUGGACGCAGCUGCAUCCGAUACACUGGCCACGUUUUCAAGUACACUUACGACUCUAGUGGGGUCCUCCGUGUCGGUUGUCGCAGAAGGCGGCCUCCAAGCGACAGUGUGUGCUCUAACCACGUCCGCCCGGUUAUUAAUAACGUUUAACCAGGUGCUCGGAGAUGUGGCGCCGCUUGUGUACACGAAGCCUGCUGGAUCUCAACUCACAGUCGUCGGCGAAGACAAUACCGACAACACAAUAAGCGGCAUUUACCCGGCGUGGGGGAGCUUCACACUUGCACUACCAGGGCGUGCCGAGACGACCGUGAGCAUCCCGUUCUGCGCGUCGACAACUGUCAUGAAGAACGCGCUGGAGUCUCUCUCUCUCGUGGAUCAGGUGACGGUUACCCGCGACUGGUUUGACAUCACCACCGAGACGGCGACGGCGAAGCUGGCCACUCUGGUGCAGUGGACGGUGAAGUUUGACAGCCACGCCGGUAAUAUGCCGGAGCUGGUUGCUGACUACUCAGGUAUAUCCGUGCAUGACGACGGUCAGCGCAAGCCGUUUGUCGAGACGCUGGAGCUCGUACGAGGGUCGGUAGGUAACAACCGCUCGGUUACGACGAGCGACACAAAAGUGACGAUGACGACGACGCUGGAGAAUCCUGGAGUGCAGGAAGUGCAGAAGCUUUUGUGUCGUGGUAGUCAAAAGUUUACUCUCACGUACGGAGGACUGAGCAAGGAGAUUACACCCGAUGCGUCCCUCGAGGAGCUUGAGAAACAACUGAACGCCAUUCCCGCUGGUGUGCAGCUGUACGCGACGUCAGACGGCGUACGGAAAUCUGCGGCGGAGCUGUCGACGGCUUCGAUGUUCUUCCCCGUGUGCAGCGUAGCCAACCCGCGUAGGAUCGAGAUUGUGUUCAAGACGCCAACGGAUGUACCUUUGAUCGCUUGGAGCUUGACUGGCAACGACAUGUACAUCACAGAGGCAGUAAAGGGCGUCGUGCCGAGCGAGACUGCGAUCAAGAUCUCGAAUCUUGAGGUUCAAAAGCUGCAGUGUCAAGUCACGGCUGCGGCGGCAGCGACGGCCUCGUUUGACCUUUUGUACGCUGGAGAACGGAUCACAGUGGGGGCAAAUGCGGUUCCUAGUGCACUGCAAACGCAGCUCAACGACAUGAAGAGCAUCCUUCAGGUGGGCGGUGUGGAUGUCACGAGCACGUCACCCCAAGUUUGCACCGACCCGGCGAGCUCUGUGGACAUCACGUUCCGGAAAGUGGGCGACCAGCUCUCGUUUGUGCUCGCUCAAAUACGCGACGGGAUUCUGUUGGCUCAAGUGACGGAGACGACGAAAGGACUGGACUCGCUCGUGUACGAUGGAUCGCACCAGGGGCUAUUCAACGUGACAGCCACGCCGGUUGUCAGCGGAACGUACGCGAUGGGAGUGACAGUGCUGAGCUUGUCUACAAACUUCUGUCCUCUUUCAUUUCAGGUGCGACCGACGCUGGCGAGUGGAGGGACCAGUACACACACGGCACCAGCAGUGGUUACACAGGGUGUUACGGAGUGGUUUACACUGCAAGCCGUUGACAGAUUCAACAACCUUCUCGAGUCAAGCACCGAGUUGGGCACAGACGCUUUUGUUGCAAAGCUGUUGCCGCCUUCGGUGGCAUCGACACCAGCAGAAUCGUACCCCGUCUCGAUCACAGAGUCGAACCCGAACACGAACGGCAUUUUCUCACUCACUUUUCUUCCUCAGCGGGCUGGAACGUACACGCUGUCACUCGUUCGACGCCAGGCUGGCGGUCUCUGGGCGACGUAUUACGCGACGGCCUUUUUUACAGACAGCUACUUGAGUCGUCAAGACGCGGCGGUGUCGUUCCAGUGGGGAGAAACGUCUCCGUUAGGGGACCCGUUUCCAAACCGAAAUUACUCGAUUCGAUGGAGGGGCGAGCUGCGCGCUGUGGUGUCUGGCCUGCACGUCUUUACGCUACGCGCCGACAACGCUGUGAAGCUCGUUGUAGAUGGGUUGGUGCUGCUGGAUCUGUUCGCCACUCCGGCUGUGUCGUCUGCAAUUAACAAGUUCGAUUCGUUACCGAUCGAGUUGAAGGAAGGCAGAUACUACAGUGUGGAGAUCAGCUAUCGCACGAAAGACGCCCAGUCGUUCGUGAAACUUGAAUGGAGCUGUCAAAUGGCUGGUCUAACGCGCACGGCGGUGCCGUCGGCAUCACUGUUCACCUCAACUGAGUUAGUCAACACGCCGUUCAGUAUCGUGGCGUACCCGGGCAUGAUCAACUCGACACAAGUGCGAAACUCGUUCGACGGGUUUACGACUGCGAAUGUAAGCGGCGGCCCCAUCGUUACAAAUGCACUGGAUCCGAUCACGUUCGUGCUGGAGGCCCACGAUUCGUUCGGGAACCGUCGAUUCCACAGCGGUAGUGACGCCUUCGAAGUGUCGAUGGUUGGCGUCGACGGUUGGGCGAGCGCGGGAAGGAUCAAUGACGUGACUACCAAGUCUGCUGUGCAGUAUGAUCCGACGUUCAUCUGCAAAGCUUGCGCCGUCAGCUUCGUGAUCAACACACGCACAUUGACACUGAACGUCGACGUGGCGAGUCAACUGGAGGCUGGGGUGCGAUUCCGCGUGAUCAACGCAAACAGCGGCACAUCUGCGCGUCGUCGGGACUGCUUUUUCACCACUGAGAGCGUAUCUGGACCUUUCGCCGUUAGCGCCGUCGCAGUCGUUGUCGUGUCUGCGAAUGGCUGUGCGGCCUUUAGCAGCUCGUCCUUCGACGUAUCUGCUAUCGCACCAACAGACUGGAACUACCUCGGCACCUGUUCAGUUGCUUCUGGCUCAGCUUCGCUCACGGCUUGCACCUCAGUCUUUGGACUGAAGCGCGGGGAUCAACUUACGGUCGGACGGGAGGCCAACAGCGUGCACUACACGGCAGGCGUACUGAGUACCGUGGCUGUCCCGCUUGAGCAACCUUAUCGAGGUGCUUCGAGUGGUUUUGUCCCUGUCUUCAAGGCCGGCGACACUACUGGACGCCACACGGUAUCGAUGGUGCCGUACAUUAAAGGAGUGUACAGGCUGAGCGUACGUCUACCAGCUAUUGAUGCAGUGCACGCCGUGAUAACCCAAGCUGAUUCGGCACUGGGUGGCUCCUUCUACCUCUCGGUGGCUGGCAAGACGACGGGUUCCUUGAGCUUUGCCGCAUUGGACACGGACGUGAAGACCGCGCUUGAGGCGCUUUCUACUGUCGGAGUUGGCAACGUCGCGACUUCGGUGUCGUGUACGAAUGAGGAUGCCACGAAGGGCUGUCGAUGGCUUGUGACGUUCAGGCACCUCACAGAAGCUGUGAGUACGAGUCUCGGGGCGUCGUACAAUGGUGUUUUGACCGGCAACAACGCCGCCGUCGAUAUUCAAACGCUGACACAGCCGAGGUCAGCACAGAUGGUAAACGGCUUUCCGAAGAACGUACGCGUCAAUCCUGGAGUGAUGAAUCCAACAGUAAGUACUGCGUACGGCUCUGGACUGUACGCGAGUACGUCAGGAGUGUUGUCCUCGUUCUUCGUCCAGAUGAAGGACACACACGGCAACAACCUGGAGAGCGACACCAAUUACCUACAGGUGCAGGUGUUCCCAGCCGGAACGACGUAUCUGUCGUCUCAGGUGGCCGAGGUCUCGUCCGUCGCUUACGUUUCUGAAGGACUGUACAAGGUUUCGUACAUGCCCGUGCUCUCGGGUCGCCACACCGUGGUGGUCACCGCUCAAAUGUCUCCGGAGGUUCAUAAGGUGUCGUCAGCGUUUGCACUACCAGGCACGAGCCGUGGCGGAACAUUUGUGCUGCGUUUGUUCAGUCAGACUACAGCACCGCUAGUGUUCGAAGCCAACGCGACGGACGUCCAGCAGGCGCUGCUAAACCUGCCAGUGUUUGCAGUACAUACCAUGAAUGCGACGACGGCGAUCACAGUGACGCGAGCGGUUAACAACCAGAACGGGUUCGACUACCUGAUCACGUACACGCGGCUUCCACCAGAUCUGGAGCUGAGUAUCGUCCAGACAGUCAACAAUCUCUACAGCGGCGAUGGCGGCAGUGGCGCGACGUUGACGGCAUCAUUACAGACCCCGCAGUCUCGCGAGCACGUGAAGACGUCAAUCUCGCUUGGAGAACCGAUCGUGAACGAGCAGCAGAUCGUGACCGUGACGUCGACUGCUGCACUCACAGGAGGCUCGUUCCAGCUGAAGUUCGGCGCUCACACAACAGAUUUGAUACCUUACAAUGCCCCAGCCACCACACUGGAAGACCUGUUGAACAAGUUGCCUUCGAUCGGGACCAAUGGCGUAAGUGUGAGUCUGACGACCAGCUUGGCUACAGCUCGAGCAUGGACUGUCACGUUCCUGGCCGCGACGGCCGGUACGCCCCAGACGGCGUUUUGGAACUCAGCGCUGUACACGCCAAACCGGAUCGUGCGUCACGCGAGACUCGUAGGUGACAUUCCAGUGCUGACGCCUACUUCGACGAAUACGCUUGUUGCUGGCGUGAACCCUGACGGUCAAGUGGCUGUGACGACGUCUGUGACUGGUGUGAGUCCGUUCACCACGAUAGUCGCGCACGGCGCUCUCGUUCCGACUCAGUGCACAGCGGUAGAUGGGAGCACUCCGUUUAAACCUGGUUCAGUUAACGCAGUAGGGCAGAACGGUCUGCACUCGGGCAGAUUCCACUCACGCUCAAGCUUCGUCAUUGAGGCACGAGACACCAAUGGGAAUCUACUGGACGGUACGGGAGGUGGCUUUACAGGAGCUCCUGUUCAGGAACUUCAAGUCGUCGAGACGUUUAGCUCUGCUGGACCAGGAAACAAACUAACGGGCUCCUUUGCGCUGGUCCUGGAUGGACAGAAGACGGCAGCGUUACCGGCAAAUACUGGACUUCAGGAAGUUGAGGCGGCGUUAGAAGCUCUCAAAUCUCUAAGCGGGUUUGUUACGGUGGACACACCUGACGUGCAGACGUGGGUGGCAACCGGCACCGUAAUUGUGACGAAAACCUCAAAUGUCCUGACGACGUCGGCGAGUUUCUUGACUGUCCCGGACUUUGGGGUGGGGGAUUGGAUCCGUGUCGGUUUUCUAAACGGUCCGGUCUUCUCUAUCAUUACGAUUACUGCUACGACCAUAACGCUGUCGGGUAUCUAUCAAGGAGUGUCAGAUAACGCGGCAUCCGUCUACAAGCUAAGCGAUCCCGGCGCUGGAUUCACGUACAGAGUCAAGUUUGCUGCCGAGUUGGGCGACUUGCCGGCGCUUGCAGUCGACACGACGAAGCUAGGUGGAGGAACAGGCACAGGGAAAGCCAAAGUCACAGCGUGCGAUUAUCUGCGAACGCAGCAGCUUCAGACCACAGCGGCGUCGCAGAUCAGCGGCGAAUUUUCGCUUUCGUUUCGUGGUUCCACGACGCCUUUGCUUCCAUGGAAUGUGGACGCCAGUACAUUACGUAGUGCGCUUGAGACUCUGGAUGGCAUUCAUGCUGCAGCAGUAUCCACUCCAGUUACAGGAACAAACGGAGGAUUCACAUGGCAAAUCACACUCGUGUCCACCGAGCCACAAGGCGAUAACGACCUCGAGCUGCUGUAUGCUGAAGGAUAUCUGCUCCUAGGUAAACAGGCUCGAAUCCAAGUGACGCCCGUGUGUCCUUCGACGAAGACGAGAGAAAACAUGAACAUUCAGUCCGUUAGUGGCAGUGAAGGCCACGCGUUCGUGCCCGUACUGCGGGGUGCGUCGACUGUCGUGGCAGACGUGAGUUAUCUAGGCGGUGCCGCGUACCAGGCCGUGUACGACACCCCUCGUGAAGCUACAUACUCGCUCGACGUGCGCUAUGUGUCGCCUCGAGGCUUGAUGGGCAGCUACUUUGACAAUCGCUGGCUGUACGGCACGCCGACGUUCGAACGGGUGGAUCCUCUGAUCGAUUUCAUGUGGAAGGAAGACCGGAUCACACCGACAAGUCGAGAACAUGUUAGUGUGCGAUGGCAAGGCUACAUCAAACCCUCGUUCAGUGAGGACUACGUCUUCUUCGUGCUGGUGAACGACGGUGCGCGGCUCUGGAUCGAGAAUCAGCUGGUCAUUGACCAGUACGACUUCGACGUCGACGCGUCCACGGCUGUAGAAUUCCAGGCGAACGCAUCGGUGGCAUUGAUCAAGGACCGGCUUACGGGGAUCACGCUGGAGUAUCGAGAAAAUUCAGGUGUUGCAUCCGUCUCGCUCUUAUGGCAGUCGCAUACUCAACCGAAGCGGAUUGUGCCUAGCGCGCGCCUGUUUCAUCGGUCGGACGCCAUUAUGAAGAGCCCGUUUAGUGUCAAGACGCAGGGCUCAAAGCCUUCUCCCCCGUUAAACAUCAGCUUGACAAUCAGUGCUGCUGACGCACUAACGGUUCACUUUAGCGCGCCGGACGACGACGGCGGCGCGCCGGUGACGGGAUAUCAAGUCGAGUGGUGGACGUACGCGGCGUACGGGUCAAACGAGGUGCAAGUCUUGAAGAUUGCCACUAGCAACACUGGAGGAACAUUCACUCUAACUCUUGAUAACGGCCAAACAACCGGCCCCCUUCCAGCCUCAGCUUUAUAUUCCGACGUGGAAGUAGCGCUCGAGGCUUUGGAUGGCGCAGGAGACGUGACUGUGAUACCCGCGCCCUCAGCAAACUCAAGAGACUACACCAUCACGUUCAAUUCUCGCGUCGGAUCUGUGCCAGACAUACAAGUGGAUGUCACACAGCUCACUGGUAGCAAAGCGUAUAUGGUGUGUUCAAAAGGAGCUACGCAGGCCUUAGCGAACGGCAUGCAGUGUAUUGCAUCGGAAAGUAUCACCAGUACUGUACAUCUACUGAGCAACCCGGUCACGUUUACGCCUCCGGACGUCCCAAAGCGUGGAGAUCCAUACACGUUCGUGAUCUCAGGUCUUACGCAACCUGCAGCUUCUGUUGAACCGAAAGCGCCUGGGGAAGUGGGCGGCACAAAUGGUCCAGGCUUCUCCGUUCGCGUGCUAGCCAAGAACUCGGCAGGCAACGGUCUUCCUAGCGCGACGGCGUCUAUGAAGCCGAUGGCGGCCCCCGCUGCUCCAACGAAUGUCGAGUCGCGCCUUGUAGCAGGUUCAUCCACUAGCCUUCGACUGUGGUGGGACGCACCCACGGCAAACAACGGCGCGAUCGUCACGUUCUACGUGGUGGAGUGGUGUCUUGAUCUCCCAGGCCGUUUGAGCUCUGAUCCUUUCAGUAGCUUCCGCGAAAAGCCGGGAUUCUUCCUAGCAGCUCACCCGACUUCGUUGCGGUUUAAAUACACCGUCGACAACCUGGUUCCGGGCGCUGCGUAUGUCAUACAAGUCCGUGCAGAGAACGUCAUGGGCGUCGGUCCAAUUGGGCAAACGGUGCCUUCUUUCGAAGUGCCGCGAAGUAAAGCCGCGCCGCUGCUUGAUGGAACGGGUGGUGGCGUCGCCUUGAGUGUAAGGCCGGCGUCUUCUUCUAUCCCAACGGCGGCGUCGUGUACAAGUUUACUGCUCUCGUGGCUUCCCGUGACAGCUGCGGACGCCCAUGGCGCUGCUGUUAGGAGCUACAUCGUUGACUGGUACCAGCCACAGAGUGUCGAUACAUCUCCGUUCGAGGUUCAGAUCCUCCAGAUCUUCGGUAAGGAUGCAGCAGAUGUGGUCACAGGCACGUUCCGCGUCCAAUACAGUGGCACGUACACAGAGCCACUUCCUGUCGAUGUAAGUGAGUAUGAACUGGAGGAAAGUCUGGAAGCGCUGCCUGCUUUACGCAGUGUGGAGGUGGAGCGAACGCCUUUCACGUCUCGUGGAGGAUACCAGUGGGCAGUGACGUUCCUGUCGGAGGCUCCAGCAGUACUAGGCAAAGUGCUUUCUAUCGACACAACUAAGUUGACGGCGACGAUCCUCACCACGAACGUGGGGGCCCAACUCGCUGCCCCUGUCGGUAGCAGCAGCAUCACUGUAGCAGCAAUACAGGGCUCAAAUCAAGUCACAAGUACGGACACGGCAGCGACCGGCGCCUUAGCGGACAUGUACAUCUCGACAUCGCAAGGACUGUGGCGAGUGACGGCCGUGUCGGUGGUCACGGGGACAGCGACGUUGACGUUAUCAGGGAGUUUUUACGGAGCGAACGGGAACUACCCAGCUCAACUGGGGUGGACAGUACCUGGCGCUCUGCCUGCGGACUAUCACUCCAAGACUAUACCAGCUUCAAACGCAACAGAUACAUACUCUCUCGUACUCGACACGUUACCCCCUGGAACGCCGUAUUCCGCUCGAGUAAGUGCGUGUAACUCGCUCGGGUGCAAUGCUCCGACCAUGGCGUCGCCCUUGACUUUAGCUGCACCGAAGCAGAAACCGGCAACUCCUCUUGACGUCGCGCUCUUUGCUGACAGUGGAUCCACUUUACGCGUACGCUGGCGACACCCACCUAGCGACGGUGGCAAUGUGAUCACGCAUUACCGUAUCGAAUGGGACCCGAAGCGGACAUUUGACUCGGGAGCUGAUACGAAUGGAGAAAGCUCGAAAGGAAGCUCGUUCGGCUAUGAACGGGAAGCUGUGGUGAAUCCUGGAGUUGGCUGUCUAUUGACUCCGUGUGAGGCUGUCAUCGGGUCACUCGAGCGAGGCGCACCCUACUACGUGCGCGUGUACGCCUACAACUCGUUUGGGUAUUCGAUCGACGCUGGAUACCCCGUUGUGCCAGGAUUUGGAGUACCAAAGACGCUUCCAGAAGCCCCUGUCGACAUCCUCCUGACACCUAUGCAAUCCUCACCAGAUCAAGGCCUAACUGUGUCUUUUAACACGUCAAGCGACAGCUUUGACGACGGUGGGGACGACGUCACACAGUACCAGAUCGAGUGGGAUGCUAUGGAUCUAGAUGCACUGAUCCCGGACAUCGUGACUGCUAUCUCCAGUGCGAAGACAGCGGCGACCAUCUCGACCGGCUUGAUCAACCGAGUGUUUUUCGCAGAACACACGACGCAGCUGUUGCUGCUCUCAGCGACGGCGUACGACGUGCGUGGCUCCUUCCGGUUGGCAUUUCAGGGUGCCGUGACGGUGGGUUUGCCGUGGGAUAUCACUUCGGAUGCUCUUGCUGCUGCGCUCGAGACUCUUCCAACUGUGGGCCGCGUCAACAUUCGACGCGUUGCUGCUGGAUUUGGCUUUGCUUGGUUCGUGACGUUCUUGACCACGCCAUUCCGAGCAGAUACGUCGACGGGCGACGUGUAUGGGGACAUCCCACUACUGAAGGUGUCGACGGACAGCACGCAGCUCCUUUCGGAUUUCAGUACGUCUCAGGCGGCGACCAGUACGCUAACCGGCACUGGAGCUAAGCUAGCGACAGCGACACUUAUACGCGCGUUCAACGGCUUCGAACAGCAGAUGGUCAAGAUCUCUACGAGUGCUGGAGCGCUGGGCGGAUUCUUCAGUUUGAGCUACAACCAGCAGCAGACAGCGUCAAUGCCAGCGAAUGCCAGUGCGAUAGCUGUGAAGCAAGCGCUGACGCAGAUCACAGACCCCAACGAACUGGUUGGAGACGUCGACGUGUACAAACGUCAGAGUGCGACACCCACGGGUUUCGUCUACACGAUCGUGUACAAGUCACGCCUAGGACCGAACCGUCCGCUUGUCGGUUGCAUUGAUAAAGACCUUACCAGCUCGGUAACGACGGCAACCAAGUCGUGCGAUACGACGCGUACACAGCUCGGCGGACUUCCAGCGAUGAACAGUGAUCUUUACGGCGUCGCAAUAGUGAACAAGACCGACUUAAGUGUACGCGACGAUGGAAUGGCGCAUUACGACGUACAGGGACUGCGUCGUGGCGUUGGAUACCACGUCCGUGUGUCGGCGUGGAACGGCGUAGGCAACGUAUUUGGUUCGACGCGUGCAUCAACACCCGCUCGGUUCAUAGUACAAAGCGUCCCAGACGCUCCACGAGACGUUAGUGUUGAGCCACGGUCGCCUACCAAGCUACUGGUAUCGUGGACAAAACCACUCAAUACAGGAGGGACUACUGCGUCCAACUACACAGUGCAGAUCGCAGCUCGACGGGGUGUCGCCGAGCAGCAACUGAUCAAGGCAGACAGCUCUCUGGGCGACUUAUCACAGCGGCGUCUAGUACUACAACUUCGUGUUGGUGACGUGUCUGGAUCGACAACUGUGCUCGGGAACGUAUCGAGCGACGGUCUGCGCUCUGCGCUUGCCAAUGCAUUGAACGUCCCAGGUGCGAUUGCCCAUGUGAGUCGCAACAGUGUCGGCAUCUUUUCUGGUUACGGCUACGAGUGGGUCGUCACGUUCAGUGACUCGAUCGGAGAUGUGUCGCUCAUUGAGGUCACGGAAGCCAGCUACGAGAGCUCGGAGACGUCACCCGACUACUUGUCGGCGUUAGCUCUGAGUGUCACAGAACUGGUGAAGGGCAGUGUCGACGGUAGCAGUAUGAACGGAGCUGCCGUCACUACGGUGGUCGUGACGCCGCAGCACGAAGUCCAGCGAGUUUUCAUCUACAGCGGAUCUCCAGUGGACUUAGGUGGAACCGUGAUGUUGAGCGUUGGAGGAGAAUCGACUGCUGCGUUGGCUGUGGACACCACGUCGGAAGACGUCCGUGUCGCGUUGGAGGGAUUGUCGACGGUGGGCCAAGUGUCUGUGACGGUGACAGGUGAAGUCACUCAGCGCGCAUCAUUCCCAGCAGUAAGGUACGGCGUUUACUGGGAUGUGACGUUCAGUAGCACAACGGAUGACCUGCCGUUGCUGGGCGUACGAACGGACACGACUCUGCCGUUUACCCCAAGCGCUUGUGGUGGGACACUGUCCGGUGUGACGCCAUGUGUGGAAGCCCUCACGCUUAAACAAGGCGGGUUACCCACUCAGACAUCAUUGAGCCAGUUAACGAACACCUCGAACUACGUCGUGCGUCUGACGGCGUCCAACGAACAGUUCACGAGUAAGUUCGUGACUGUCCCUGGUGCGCUCCAGCCAGUAGCGAGACCGCCAUUGGAAGUACAAAACGCUCAAGUCGCUUCUGUAGCGGUAGAUACGCUUGAUGUAAUGUGGCAAGCCCCCUUGGGCGACGGAGGUGCUCGUGUGGUGCACUACAAGGUUCAGUGGGAUGUCAGUGCGAACUUCGACCUGCAGAGCAUUUUUUCAGGCUCGGACAUUGUUCUGGUUAAAGAAAGCGACGACGAAAUGUUCGACUAUAGGAUCACUGGGCUGAGUUCAAGUAAGGACUAUUUUGUCUCGGUGGUCGCCUACAACGCACGCGGUCACGGCGUCCCGGUGACAGCACUGCCGGUGGACGCUCAUGAGCGCGUGACUCAUCUUACAGUUUCGGGGGCGACACUGGACGAGGUAGCGCUUGCAACCGAGACGAUGACGCUGUCCUUCGCUAACUAUCCUUCCAAGACAGCAACAGUUGGAGUUGCGUCUAGUGCGUUAGAGCUACAGAGUGCUUUGCAGCGUCUUUCGGUCGUAGGGGUCCUGUCAGUCAAGCGCUCGGACUACUCCAAGGGACCAGCAGCUACGCCUUACGAUACCAGUGGAGUGGAUACGCCCAGCAAUCUGUUGAUGACCUGGAGUAUCACGUUCCUUACCGCUUCGGUCGAUGGAGUACGCGCCAGUGCGCUUGGAGCUCUUACCGUGGCACAUACGGGGCCAACUAUAGUCGCUCCCAUGGAAGUGGUAUCUCCAAUCGAGGACGGCUCACUAACCAUCAGACCUCGAGCGGUGGCUGCCACAGGACCGCGAGACGUACGCGUUUCCAUUGUAGACGCUGCCUCGCUUGGCGUAAGCUGGCUUCCGUCACUGUCGCCUUUAUCUUCCAAAUAUCUCGUGGAAUGGAGCACGACGCCGGACUUCGCCGCGUGUCGCGCAGGGUCCAUCAGUAGCAGCGGCACCAGAACCAACUACGCCACCGCCGCAGCCAACUCUCAAGUGAUUAAUGCGCUCCCCAUAGGAGCUGACGGCCGCGUCUCAUACACCAUUAUCAGCCUACCAGCCAAAACGAAGCAAUACGUACGCGUGUCGGCUUACAACGGUAACUACGGUUCCCCGGCUCUUGCUCAAGUCCUGUCCGUGAGCACGCCUAAUACUGCCGAAGACGCCGCGGUUGUCACCGUAUUACCAGGAGUCAAAAGCUUAAUGCCGCGUGCUGUGACUCCGUUCCGUCCGACGUCUGUGACGAUGCAAGUGAGUUCCCAGGACCAACCGACACAGAUCGAAGUCAGCUUUGUCCCGCCCACGAAAGACGCUUUGGACUUCACAGCUGGGAAUGGAGGCGCGACAAUCACGCACUAUCGUUUGAGCUGGUGGGACCCGGCUGCGUUGACGACAAACGCUAAAGCGGUGAUGUCCUACGAUGCACGAAUGGUGGACCCGACAGGCGCUGCGCUGACGUGUUAUCUAGGCCCGUGUUUGUUUCGAUUGGGGGCUGAAGUGCAGUCGUUGUCGUUGACGCCAGGAACGGGUUCGUUCCGUCUCGUGUCGUCGUCGUCCUCCUUUACGACUUCGAUAUGCACGAGCUGCUUGCUGUCAUUUACAGCACCGGUUGGUGGAGUCAUCACUAUGGAUUAUACAGGAACGACGCCAGAUUUACAGACUGUACUGGGUACCAACGCGCGCUUCAUGGUCGUUAAACCGGGUGCUUCGUGCGUCUUCGAAGUGGCGGCGCUGAACACGCUUCCAGCCAACAAGUUACCGAUCCGAUUCGUGUCUUCUGCGGGUGGCUCGGCGACCUGUCCUCUGCCUUUAACGCAAGGGACGUACACAAUUUCCGUGGAGCCUACGACGGCGUGCAUCCUCGCGUCUACGAGUGCUGCGGAUCUGGCGACUGCAAUCUCCGGUUUGGUUGGCAGUGACGGUGUCGACGUCUCUCUUGACAUCGAGACAGGUAACAUUCGGCACUUCCGGGUCACUUUUACGGGUUCGAGUGCGACUGGAGCCUCUGGCAGCUCUCCAGCUCACACGGCUGACGUUGCGCAACUGGAAGCCGUGGCGACGGACGCCACGGGUGGCUGCAUUGAUGUUUCAGGGAAUGUUUGGACGGGUACAGAGCUGAAUGGCGGCUUGUUGGAACCCGGCGUAACUUACGCGGUGCAGGUUGCGGCUCUCAACUCGGUCGGGCUUGGAGCGCCUCUGCGUGCGAAGGCCUUUUGCCAUGAUCUCCCGUGCGUUGCCGGCGACGCAGUUCUAGCGCCUGCCGCGCCGCCUCUGGCACCAGUUUCCGUCACGGUGGCCAGCAACCGUGCCGAUCGAACAGCAUUGAACAUCGCGUGGAAGCCUCCACCGUCGAACAACGGUGCUCCCAUCACGCAGUAUCUCGUCGAGUACUCGACUGCAGCUUUUGCCGUGCAGCCGUUGCUGUGCUCCGGUUGCGUGACAGCGCUCACAGCCGGAACAGCCUCUUCAACGCCGACGCUCACGCUCAAUUUUAACGCUGGCUUGGCCAGUGGACAGAUCGUGGUGCUAAGUAGUGUAUCUCCUGUAUGCACACUUACUGUGAGCAAGGACGCAGCAACGUUCACCAAGACAGCGUGGACUGGAUCCCUAGUCGUCUAUAAUCUGGAGCGGCAGCACGGCUGCGACACAUUCACAGGUCAAGCCGUCAACCUGAAGGCUCUGUAUGACUCGACGACAGACAACUCGGUCGUGGUCCUGCCUGGCGCCGAAGACCAGCACUCAACGAUCCUCAAGCCGCUCGUACCAAACAAGCAGUACACGGUUCGUGUCCGGGCGCAGAACCGUGAAGGAUACGGCGUGACUCAAAUCGCUACGUUCAUAUGUGAACCAGGUAUCGAAUCUUGUGCCGCAGCGGGGACACUUGCAACCACGCGACAACUACCUGCGCCGCCGACGUUAACAGUGCCGUUCCAGCUGCUGGGAGCCGGUGUGGUUGGCGCGACGUCGAAUGUCCUGGGCUUCACGAAGAACUCAUUGAUGAUCGCGUUUACCGACCCCAGUAGCUGGUCGGAACUGGAGAUUGUCGACUCGUUCCGCGUGGAAUGGGACUCAAGUGCAGACUUUCUGUCGGCCAACAAGAAGACGCAGGUCGUGACUCCAUCGGCCUCGAAAGCUCCGUCGCGUUGGAUGACUCGUCAACUCUGUGCGAACUGCAUCACGGAUUUGGUCACUGCUACAAACACACUGUCGAUAAGCGGAGGUGUUGGACUCACGUUUGGGCUGGCAAAAGACGACUGGAUACUGGUAGGUGCUGGGUCGAUCACGUGCAGCCUCCAAGUAGCAGCAACGGCACCAACGGCGUCUGCGAUCUCAGUCGUCGGAGGACAUGGAUGUGGAGACUUUACAGGAAAGACGCUCGCUCUCGACGCACAGGAAACAUACGACUACAAGCUAUCAACAGGCCUCGCGAUGGGGGUUACUACGCACAUCCGCGUGACGGCACACAACUCGCUGGGCUACGGCCCUCCAUGUGAUAGUAUUGCUAUAGCUCCAAUCACUUCCAGUGACCCUCCGCCGUAUCCAUACAUUAUUCUUUCUUCGUUAACGCCUAUGGACGAAGACGACCCGGAUGUGCGCGUGAGUUCGCUGCGUGUGUCGUUUCCACCGCCAACGAUCUCCCAAGCGGAUCCCAACGGUGGCGGCGGAUCCCCUGUGACGAAGUAUCUGGUGGAGUGGAUUAACACAAAGGAGUUCGCGAACACCAUUCCUCAAGUCCAAACGAUCAGCAUGGCGUCAGAUUCCACUGGCAGCGUGGCCGGCUCGUUUGUGCUUACACUGGACACGACCACGUGCACGUACUGUCACAUCCAAGGCGUCUUCAGUACGUCAGCACUAAGCGCGUCCGCAUUAGAAGAAGAAAUGGCACUGGAACUCGAGAACCUACCCAACGUCGGUGACGUGGACGUGACGCGCGACGGCUGCGUGACCAAGAAUCAGUGUACGUGGAGGAUCACAUUCCUUAGCGAGAUGGACGUCGUUCCGGCGCUGACGUACACAAGUCGACUGUACGCUGCCGGCGGGAAAGUAACGCUUACCGUAGCUGGAGGGACCCAGGUUGGCAGCCUGAACGGAGUGACGUACUGUCCUUCGACAGUCAAUAAUGUGCUGGUGAGUGGGCGAGCUAACUGUGGCGUGGUUGUCGUGGAUGCUAAGACGACGCCAGUUCCGUACGAGUACAUCAUCAAUGGCCUUACUCCUGGAAACACGUACUACGCUCGAGUAGCGGCAUACAACGCGCUGGGUUACGGACCGAGACGGGUUACGGCACCUCGCUCGCUGAGUGUGCCAUUCGAGCCGCCGUCGGCUCCUAGAUCGCCGUUCAACAUGCUAGCGCCGCCUAUUCUGACGCUUGCUGGACCUACGUCGCUGAUGGUCAGCUACGCUGCUCCCAAAUUCACUGGAGGAGCGCCCGUCACUGGCUACGUGAUUGAAUGGGACACGUCUUCGGAGUUUGACAGUGGAUUCAACGGUGACGCACUUGUUCAAGUGACGAUAGCAACAAGUACGCUAGUAGCCGACGCAGAUGGAGCUUACCGAUUCACUAUUCGCGGACUAACAACCCGACAGUGGACGUACGUACGCAUCUUCGCAGAGAACGGAAAGGUUGGAGCGGGUGUGCCAGUGCUGACUCAACCACCACGAGAGAUGCCACGAGGAAAGCCAAGCGCUCUCAGCUUAGUGACUGCUGUAAAUGACCUGUCUGCUCAGUCUCCAGGGACGGCGUUGAUGGUUUCGUGGCCCGAAGGAUCAGCAGAUGUCCUGCAGUACCAGGUUGAACGGUAUCAGCAGGCCGCAACAGAACCGUUGUUCGGUGCGCCUGUGGUCCAGCUAGUUAAGUCGACAGGAACGAUAACUGGAGGGAACUUUGCGUUGUCGUUCGGAGACGGCAGUGAUCUAUAUCCGUGGCGUCUUUUGCCGGGAACUGUGGACGCAGAGCACGGCGCUUCGUUUUUGAAGACGAGUGAAGAUCUAACCGGAUUGAUCGCCGUGGGUGACGCGGUGUUUAUCAACAAGCAGGCGUACCUGGUAUCGGCGACAGGGACGUUCACGGCUUCUCAAGUACCUCUGGCUGACGCGACGGGAUACCAAGCAGCUGGUACGCUAGCCGCAGAUUUGGGUACGACAGCAACUACGUACGCUGGAGACACGGUGCUUGGCGCGAAAUUGUACACGCAGUGGCGCACGACGCCGUUGUCGAUGGACGUGACUCCUGCAGACAUGCAAGAGGCGCUAGAGCUGUUGCCAAGUGUCGGAUUAGUGCGCGUGGAGCGUCUGUCUGUCGGUGCAAACAAGUUCGAGUGGAUGGUGACCUUCACGUCGCAGGUGCCACGGACGAGUCCGACGUUCCCACUACUCACAGCGAACGAUCGGCUCUUAAACCCGAACGGAGUUGGAGCCAAUGCAAACGUUGUAGUGACGAGCAUCGCUGUAGGACAGGCCCCGCAGGCUUUCGGUUCGGCUGUCGUAAGUGCGACCGGCGCGUCUGGCGAUGGCCUUGUCAAGUACAGCAUCGCUCAGCUUGCUAUGGGGACGAUCUACUUUGUGCGCGUGGCUGCAGUAAACGAGCGUGGAGUGGGCGCCUUUACUUUGGCUUCGGCUACUGGUGUAGCGCCCACGAGAGCCCCGCUUGCGCUGAAAAACGUGGCAGUUCGUUCUUUAUCCAAUCAACUAUUGAAGAUCUCAUUCGACCAGGUACGUUCGUCUGGGGGGCGUGCUGUGGACGGCUUUCGCGUCGAAGCAGCAUUGAACUCCAAGUUCGCGGAUACUAGUGUUGUGCACGACAUGCCACCGACUACCAAAUACGCACGAGUCACAACAGCCGCCCACACUGGUCCGUUCCUCACCGGCAGUACAUUUUCGUUAGCUGCAGUGGAUGCGCGGUCUUUCCACGGCCGGAUGAUCAAGCAAGUGGACGCGUUGGCCUCUGCACAGGCGUUGGCGGGUGGUUCUUCCUUCCUACUGCGUCUCAAACCGGACAGCACACUGGGCUACGGCGCUGCUUCCCUGCACGACUCCUUUUCCCGAGGAGAACGAGUACGCAUUCGCAACGAAGAGGCGAGUGUCUGUCUCGACGGCAGUGUGGCGUGGCAGCUUCGAACCACCGACACCGGUCUCACUGUUGCCGGGUACAGUGGAUCAACCAUCACGCUCUCAGCAACUUUAAGUACGGACCUUCAGGCAGUGAUCGUUGUGGGUACGCAGGUAGCUGUCGGCGCGGCUGCAAAGGGCCCAGCAGACCCAGCAGCCUGCCAAGCUGUAGUGACGGCGGUAAACACUGACAAGCUACACGUCGAUAUUAAACACUCUUGUGUCGACCCGGGCACGAAACUAGCGAACGGGCUGUCGAUCUUCGUGGUAAUAGGCGUCGCGCCGAUCACCAGCUCUUCAUACGACAAUGUUGAUACAAUCACGCUGUCGGCCGCACUGGACAACCGUCUUGUGGAUAUCGUAGUGGUUGAUACCCGGAUAUCUAUUGGCUCAACUCCAGAAGCUGCUGCGACGUGCCGUGCCAGAGUGACGGCUGUUACCGGUACGACGUUGAAACUUGACCAUAACUGUGUCGAAGCCGCCGCAAAACUGGGCACCGGAAACCCCAAUAUCUACGUGCAUCGCGGGCCGGCGCUGCUGCCUUUAUGCGAGCGAGAUGAUCCGUGGAAAGUACUGGACUCAUCGAGUAUUUCGUCGCUAGUGUCCAGACUCGAUGCGUCAGGAGGACGCGAGCCGUUGCCAGUUUUCCGGAGCGACUCGGCUGUGAGUACAGCGACUGAACUCGGCACGAUCGGAAGUAGCGCAGAGGUGACGUUGGUGGACGAGAUGAAGAUCAAUUGCGGUGACUACAUUAGGCUAGGAAGAGCGUCAACUGAUAGACUAGAAGCCGAGAAUCUGGAAGCGCUUUCGACGUUCCGUGUACGCAGCAAGUGUGAUACCAGUGGAUGCGACUGCGCUCGUUCGGCGGUUAAGCGUUUGAAGCUCGGAAGUCUGGAAGAUCCGACUGCAGCUGUAAGUUUAGCACCGAGACUAGACUUGCUCCACGGCGGCGCUACUCGAGAGAUUCAACGGAUCGUGUUGACUGUCACUGGCGCUGCUGUGGCGUACAACAUUGGCGGGUUCCGCGUCCAGUUUGGCGACGAAGUGAGCUCUUUAACGCUAGGCACAGGAGGCGACGGAGGCGCUUCAUUAAACGACGACGUCGGCUGUCUCGUGUGGGCUUCGGGUCCACUUGCAAGUGAUGCGUCGCGAGAUAUGCUAGCUUUAGAACGGGAGCUCGAGAACUUUGCCGGAAUUGAUGACGUCCGUGUAAAACGUGCUCUGACUGAGACGUCAGGCGUUCGAGUGACGGUUGAGUACACGGUGGAGUUUAUGGGCGUGCAAGUGCGCGGUAAGAUGCAGACACUACAGAUACUGGACGUGGGGAUCAACGGCUGUAGUGCGUACGUCGGCGGCACGGCGGGUAUUCCGUCUGUCCGACGUGACCAGGACAGCUUCGUAACUGUUUAUCAGGCGCCAACAACGACCGCCAUUCCCUUCGAUGCUAGUGACGAAGACGUCAAGGCUGCGUUAGAAACCCUGAGCGUUGUUAGCAACGCGGACGUGGAUCGCCAAGUGAACAAAAACGGCUACGACUGGCGCGUCACGUUCGUUGAAUUCCCGGCGCCUACGAAGGACAUGGAGGCGCGCAUGUUCCCAGCGUUGACAGCGAACGGCUACGCGUUGCAAGCUGCGCAAUCCCCGUCGAUCAGCGUCACCCCGUUCCAGCGUCUUGAGCUGGACAUGAAGUCGCUGGUAAGUGGCGGCGGAGUGUCAAUUUACACGCGCGUUCGUGCUCAUAACGCAGACGGGUGGGGUGACGCGGCAGUACCUACACCUGUCUCGAUUCAACUCGCAGAACAGGUACCCGGCGCCGUCCGUCUCGCACGUGCUGACGUCCUAUCUGAUUCUCAAGUUCUUGUUCAAUGGGAUGCACCUGUUCACGAUGGUGGUGAGCCUGUGACAGAGUUCCGCGUGGAGUGGUGGCUUACGAGUGCUCUCGCCACAGCUGCUAAGCCGUUUGCAGUGGUUCACGCCCUCGAGGCCGCAUCGCAGAGCGUGACGGAUGAUGUUGCUACGAUUACAGUCUCUGCUCCGACUGCAGGAUUGAAAACCUACUUAGCCGGUACAUUCCGCGUGGGGUUUGACGGUCAAUGGAGCCCCGAACUCGCGUAUGACAUCUCGGCUGUGGACAUGCAGGCGGCUCUUGUAGCUCUGUCUACGAUUGAGAAUGUUUCGGUGAACCGCGAGCUGACGGCAGGCGGGUACACAUGGCUCGUGACGUUCUUGCAGCGUAAAUACGGCGGUAACCAACACAAACGAUGGCGGUCACCGCUUGCUACACAACCACCUUUGGGUCAUAAGCUGGAGGUGUCUGGCUCGAACCUGUUGGCGUGCACCACGGCCGAGUUGAUCGACUGUGUGCCGCAUCUUCCGACGACUGUAGCUCCACGAGCUGCUGUCGACGCUACGCCGGAGCUGCAACAUCUAGUGUGCAUCUCGACGGGGAAUGUCGCGGUGGCUAACACGAUGAAGUUCAAGUUAAAAAUGCUCGGCUUCGAGACAGAUUUUAUCGUUGGAACGGCGACCGCGAAGGAUCUGGCGACUGCAAUCACGGCACUGGGUGUCGUUGGAAGCGUGAACGUUCGCUAUCGCGAUACAGCACAGACGACCGUGUGCUCUGAUAGUGCGACGGCUAAAGGCGUCACGGUCGAGUUUACCACAGCACAAGGCGAUGUGCCGCCUAUUGUUGUUACGACCACGACUGGAGUGGGCGUCACGAUAAAGGAGCAACGGAAGGGCCGAGCUCAACUGCAUGUCGGGAGACUGCCGUUCGCGUACGUGAUCGACGGGCUUGCUGCCGGGACGUAUUACGCACGCGUCGCAGCGUACAACAGCGUGGGCUUCGGGCCGUUCCAAGAAGCGACAGACGCCGCCGGCUUGCUGUUGGUGGCACGCCCUCCUGUCGCCCCUCGAUCACUGCGCGUGAAGGCGAAGAUGAUCGACUACUCGCACGGAAUGCUCGUGGUGUGGACGGCCCCGCGUAGUGAAGACGGCAACACUGACAAAUAUCGCGUGGAAUGGGACCACGGUGCUGGAUUUUCAACUCAAUGUGGAGAGUACAUUGAGACGCAGACGCUUGUUGCGACGAACGCGUUUGCUAACGUUGCCAACAAGAAGUUCACAGUGCGAACUGCCAAUGGGGGCACCAGGAUAGGCUGUGUGGACCCGGCCAACCUGGCGACGUCACUUCAGACACCGCUGCAGCUGCUUGGAGGCGUUUAUGCCGGCGGCACGGCAGUGAUACAGGGCGCCGACACGGCGACGUACGACUACGGUCGCACGUACACCGUCUCGUUCCCGCAACCCGUUGCAGUUCCUUCUGUAGGCUACGAUGUCGCGGAGAAUGCCGCCGUGGCCACGUCUCCAGUGGACAUCCCACUGCUGUACUGGGACGCGGCCGAUGCAACCUGUACUGCCACGCCGCCUGAUUUGGUUGUUGCGCAGUGCUCAACGUAUGGCCCUGGUCUCGAUCCCAAGCGUGGACAAGGGCGCAUUGGCUUUGAUGCCAACAACGUGUUCAAUAACGAGUGUUCGGCUGCAUUGGCAGGUCCCAUCGCUCGCCAGACUAUUGACGCUUCCACGGCGAUCACCAACGCGUUGAAGCCAGAGAUCCUGAACCUCGCAGCGAAGAGUGGCGUGUUUGAGAGCGCAGAUCUCGCUCGACCCGCACUGUGUGAAGCUUGCGCACAGAAGCUAACCGCAAACGGCGAGUUGACAGUGACGAUGUCCGUGGCGUUGGCCGCUGGCGACUACUUCAUCGUCGCCGACAGCCCGACUACAAGCACGUCAAGCUCUACACAACGCUGUGUGAUGAAGGUGGUGAGUAAAAGUGGCAAUGUGAUCACUGUAGACCUCAGCGAACCCGGUCGCAGUGCAUGUGAACUCCCCGUGACGUACGAGGCCAAAGCCUGGCGAAUCUCGCGCUUCGAACUGCGCGCGCACACGAUCCGAGACCUGACACCGGGACGGGAAUACGCAGUUCGGGUGGUCGCUAGUAGCAAUACUUUAGGAGACAGUCCUGCUCUCGCCAUGGCCACCACGAUCACGGCGACGUAA